CGUCACAGCGAUCGCACGCUGUCACUUGUCAACAAAAAAUGUCCGAAAUUGAACCGGAGAAAUUAAUACAAGCAGUGAAGAUACGGCCAGGGUUGUACAAUAAGAAUGAUCCUAAUUAUUUUUGCCAUAAGAAGUACAAAUCGAAGAUGUGGACGGAAGUAUGUAAGGAGGUUUACGGUAACUGGGAUAAUCUGAGAGCGCAAGACAAAGUUGAAUACGCCCACGAACUCCAAAAACGCUGGAAGAGUCUUCGCACGUGUUUCACAAGAGAGUUAUCUUUGCAAAGGAAAGAGAAACUCAAAAGGGAAAGGAACGAGGGACCAUACAAGAGACGUAAGAAGUACGAAUACUUUGACAUGAUGACAUUUCUCCUUGACCCUGACUCGGUGGAACACACUGAAGUGGUGAACGAUUCCGGUGAUGACUCGUCGGAUCCUCUCGAUCAGGAAUUGAUAAAAGCUGAAUACGAGUAUGAACCGUCUGCGUCUAGAGGGAGAAUAUCUGAAUCGAAUUUAGAGAGCGCUGAAACUUUUCAACAGGCUGUUUACACGGCCAACGAUACAGUUCAGGAGAAGAUUUUAGACAUGUUGAAAGAUUUGAAAAAGAGUGAUGACGACGAUGAUAAACAAUUUAUGCUGUCACUAGUGCCCAGUUUUAAAAAAUUGAAUGACAAACAAAAGUUUGAAGCUAGGAUAGGUAUAUUGAAAGUAUUGAAAGCCAUCAGUUUUCAAGAUGAAUGAUAUUGUGGUAAAAUAAGUUAAUAACUAAGUUAAGUUUAUUUUUUAAAUAUGUAAGUAUUGUAAGUACAUUAUUAUCUUAAUUUUUGUGCAAUAAGGCAAAUAGCUAAAAUAAACUGAUGCAAUGACUUUUGAAAUCACUGAUUGUUAUGACAAUUAUACUGACAAUAUUUUAGUACUAUUGCAAACACAAAUUUUACUAUUAUAAAAAAAAUUAUGUGUUGUUAACACAAAUAUGUAUUACUAUUAUUAAAAAUUAAGUUUGGUAGGUAAUCCCAAUUUUAAGUGUAAUUGUUGAUUUUUAUAAGAAGUUGCUAUAUGUUUAUCGUUUUAUAUUUGGAAUAAUUAUAUUAGUUUAAUUUUGUUCUCAUCGGCUUCGAAAUUAUGUACCUGUAAAUGCAAAUUAAAAAAUCUUUAGAUAAACAACAUUGUGCAGUAUACCAUUGCUAUGUAAACUAUUUUUUAUAUUUUUAUUAUUAUUUUAUUUAUUUCUUCGAAUAACUAACAGCUAUGAUAAACAUUUUAUUACAUUGUAAUAUUCUAAACAUUUUUAACUACUUACUAAUAGAAUCUGGAUAAAAAUUUUUAGCUAGAAAAAGUUAAACUACCGAAUUGCUGAAAUUCAACAGAGUUGACCAUUUUACGUAAAUGUUGAAUAAAAGACUACUUGUAUUGUUUCGACUCGACAUCAUUUUAAUUUCUAAUAUCGAUCGGGAUCAACUAUAUUUAUUCAGUUUCCAUUAGUCACGAUUUUGGUUUAUUUUAGUUCCUGGGUUAAUACUGUUAACAUAAUGAAAUCUAGAAUUCCCUGAUAUACUUACAGGCAGGGGAAAACCUAGAUUUGAGCUUUUACGGUAGGAAAAUCUAGAUUUGAGCUCUUCUUCUCCGUCGUGACCUUUUCCCUCUUUCUACGUGGGGUCGGCACAGUAUGUUAUUUUUAUCUAAUUACUGCUGUCAAUUCCCAUCUCACUGGUUAGAUAGUCUAGAUUUGAGCUCUUACGGUGAGGGAAAUCGUGAGGAAACCUGCACAUUCAGGCAGCUUGAUGUGUAACUAUGAUCGAUACAAUACGCGGUUAGUUUUAGCUGGCACAUAUCAAGUAUUUUCAAGAGAUUAGAGCACAAGCUGCUUCUCUUUCUGUGCAGAUUGUAAAAGUCUAUCAAGGGAUAGACUAUUAAACUUUGGUUUAUUUUUAUAUCGUUGGCAAUUGGCUGAAAACACAUUAAGUUUUUUCGAGAGAAUACAGCUCACAAAAGAUUUUGCGAAAUUCCAACGAGAUCGGAAUAAACCAGAUUUCGCAAAUAAAAAGUCGCGGGCAAUAUCGUGUGUAGGUAUAUCAUAAAGAUACUAUAGGUACAAAGUUAUGUUUUGAUAGUCAAAUGCCAUACAAAUUAGUCACAGGACUUCGAUCAUAGUCCCUUCAUGCAAAACAUGUGAUUCACACUUCCGUUUGAAAUAUAUACAUAUGUAUAUUGUUGACACCCGGAUAUGGUCGUUUUUGUACUAUGAAUA